AUGUAUUUUCCUCGUAUUUGGUUCAUAUGCUGCUUAAUCUUUGUCAUGAUUAACCACUGUCAAUGUUUCUGUAUUCGUAGCAAUCUUGUAGCACCUACUAGUAUGCAUGUUAUUCAACGCGAUGGUGCUGGAACUGGUGGACCUGGACUCUAUGAGGUUGAUAUUGGUCCUGGCGGAUCCUCUUGUUGCCAUUUUAGUAACACUGAUUGUAAUUUCAAGGGUACGGCUGAUGCUAUUGUUGGAUUCACUUUCACUACUUGGAUAAAUAACGAACGUGUAGGUCCUUUUGAAUUCCAUAUUCCGGCUGGUGGUUCUUCUGAAGUAAGCGGUGAUGCUAAUCAACCUACUAUACAUACCUAUGAUCAACGUGGUCAGCCAUACAAUUAUGAUGGUCCACUUAUUGGCGAUCGUACUUGGUGA